CCGGACUCUCGCUCUGAGCCUUCACAUCUCAACUUUUACGGGUCUGACUUUUGAGUCCUUUUUAGUUGAAACACUCGUGGUUUAAACGAAAAAAGAAAAGCAAAGAACAGAAAAAGGGACGCCGACGGCAGCCACGGUGCUCCUGUUGCUUCAGUAAAGACACACCGGCACGGCAGCGUGUUUGCACGCCGCUUCCUCUCCCGGUGACUCACGGUCGACGCUCCACUUAAAAAUAAGAGGGGACGUUUCUCCCCCCAACUCUUGUUUCGGGGGAUUUUAGUGGGAGUUUUACCCCCCCUCACAACCCCCACACCCCACUCUCUGUAGUUCCGGACAGUGCUUGGCGUGUGUGUGUUGUUUCAGUGUUCCUGGUGAGAAAACCCAUAGAAGUAAAUAAAAAAAAUAAUAAAUAAACAAAAUGCCACAGUUGUCAGGCGGCGGCGGAGACCCGGAGCUGUGCGCCACGGACGAAAUGAUCCCGUUCAAAGACGAAGGAGACCCGCAUAAGGAGCAGAUCUUCGCGGAGCUCAGCCACUCCGAGGAGGAGGGAGACCUGGCAGACAUCAAGUCAUCUCUGGUCAACGAGUCAGAGAGCAGCCCCAACAGCAACAGCCACGAUGCAGCUAGACAGUCCCAAAUACCGCAAGAUUCAUAUCAUGAAAAACACAGAGACCAUCCGGAUGAUGGAAAACUUCAAGACAUGUACAGUAAAGGGCAUCCGUACACGGGCUACCCAGGUUACAUCAUGAUGAGCAACAUGAACGACUCCUCCUACAUGAACAAUGGCUCCCUCUCGCCGCCCAUGCCCAGAACGUCCAACAAAGUCCCUGUGGUGCAGCCGUCCCAUGCAGUCCACCCACUCACCCCGCUGAUCACGUACAGUGAUGAGCACUUCGCCCCAGGAUCCCAUUCCGGUCAUCAUCCCCAGGAUGCCAACAACAAACAAGGAAUGCCAAGGCAUCACCCAGGACCAGACAUGCCCAACUUCUACUCCUUGUCUCCUGGAGGAGUUGGGCAGAUCACGCCACCGCUGGGAUGGUUCUCACACCACAUGGUGCCGGGCCCCCCAGGUCCCCACGCCACAGGGAUCCCCCACCCGGCCAUCGUCAAUCCACAGGUCAAACACGAGCCUCUGCAUGAAACAGACAUCAUGCACAUGAAACCCCAGCACGAACAGAGAAAGGAGCAGGAGCCCAAAAGACCGCACAUCAAGAAGCCGCUAAACGCCUUCAUGCUCUACAUGAAAGAGAUGCGCGCAAAUGUGGUCGCCGAGUGCACACUGAAGGAGAGCGCUGCCAUCAAUCAGAUCCUGGGACGAAGGUGGCAUGCUUUAUCUCGGGAAGAGCAAGCUAAGUAUUAUGAGUUAGCCCGCAAGGAACGGCAGCUCCACAUGCAGCUCUACCCAGGCUGGUCUGCUCGAGACAAUUAUGGAAAGAAGAAGAAGCGGAAGAGGGAGAAGAUGCAGGAAACGGCCCCCGGUACAGGCCAGAGAAUGAAAACGGCGUACAUCUGAGAAAAUGGAGGAAAACGUAGCAAUUUCUCCACAUGCAAAGCGAAGGCAGCAGCUACGGGCCCUCUGCUAGAGAUGGAGGCCUGUUAGAUUCCAUGAAGACCCUUAAAUCUCCAAAACUGAAGCCUCCAGUUCUCAGAGGACCCUCCUCCCCCCCACCCACCCCCUCUCUCCCCCAC